UAUAACUUGAAGGUUCUGUUUUCAGGACGUUGUUGCCACAGAUUGCUACGGGAGGUUAUAUUUGUUUGUACACGUGUUGGAACCGUCUCGCGUAAAAGAGAAUGGCUGGAAAAAAUUUCGUUGAUGAAAUAAAUGCCUUCUUUACGCAAAAAUCGGAUUUUAACUCCGAUGAAGAACCGGAAGAGACAAAGGCGAAGGUGGUGGAAUAUUACGACAAGGACGAUGUCUCAGAAGACGAGUUUCGACAAUCUAAAAUUCGCACACAAAAUAUUGAUACCUUGGACGAAGUGGAUGAAAGAUAUGCUGGUAAAAAAGUCUCGAGGAAAGAUAUAUAUAACGAUGAGGAUGUUAUGAGUGAAGAUGAGAUGGAGAGUGAAACCUCUGAAAACUCUGAAAACUCUGAGGAAUACGUGAAAGAUGAAGAGGUGGAAAGUACAUUAGAACAAAGCGAAGAUGAAUUUGACAACGAUGAAGAAGAAGAAGAUUUUCAGGACUCUCAAGAUGCUGAAAGUAUGUCUAAUACAGAAGAACAAGAUGAGCAUGAUAUGGAUAUAGACAAUUCGCUUAACAAUCAGAAAGAAUCUACUAUUAAAACCAUGUCUGAAACAAAUGUUAAGGCAGAAAUAGAAAAAGGCAAUUGUAUCAGGAACCAGCUUAAGUUUUGGGAAAAUUUACUAGAGAUGCGAAUAAAAUUGCAAAAGUGUGUUAUAAUUAGUAAUCAAAUGCCACAGUAUGAUAUACAUAAGAAACUUAGGUCAGAUACAGAGUUUAUGAAAAAUACCAACGAGAUUACAACUAAAUUGUUAUUAAGCUUAAAUAACAUGUUGCAAUUGAGGGAUCUCUUGUUAAAACAAUAUCCUGAAACGAAAAAUCUGUGUGUCAGUUCCAAGAAAAGGAAAACCGGCAAAGACGAAAAUACAAAUUCAAAUGAUCCAAUGGAUGAAGAAAUACCUUCUGAUAUAGAAGAUACAUUAGAAAAAGAAUCAUCUAUCGACGAAGACAUGGAAACGGAAGAACCAGUACCUCGAAAACGUCUUAAAUACAAUGAUUGUGAAAAAGUUUUGCAAGAAAAUCAUGAUUCCUAUAGAGAAUAUAGAGAUUCUAUAAUAAAGAAGUGGAAUGACAAAACACGGAUUGCUACAGGUUCACUGAAUAAAGGUUCGAGUCAGACUACACUUAAACAAAUUGAAUUUGCCAUGAGCGACAUAAGCAAAUUACGAAAGAAAACUCAAUUAAAACGCUCUGAAUAUAACAUCGUUGGUAAAGCUUUAUCAAAUGAAGAUAGCGAUGGUAGAAGAAUUCAAGAAUAUGAUCCGGAAAUUUAUGAUGACGAUGAUUUCUAUCAUCAGCUGUUAAGGGACUUGAUAGAGUAUAAAUCAUCUGAUGUGACAGAUCCUGUACAACUCAGUAAUCAAUGGAUCCAAUUGCAAAACAUGCGUAAAAAGAUGAAGGUGAAAGUCGAUACUCGCGCGACGAAGGGUCGGAGAGUGCGGUAUAAUAUUCACAAUAAAUUAGUCAAUUUUAUGGCACCUGUCACAGUGUACGAUACAUGGACGGAUAGUGCGAAGAACGAAUUGUACAAUUCAUUAUUCGGUAAAAUAAAACCAACGGAAGACCAAAUAAAGCAGUAAUGAAAAUUAUGAAAAUCUAAAUUAUUAAGUCAUAAUUUUACCUUUGUAAUAUACAAAAAUUUAUACAAUAUAUAUAUUGACAAAUAGAUUUCUCAAUCUAUCCGUUCCAUGAUGUAAUCGGAAUAAUCUAAUUACUAUUU